CUUCCUUGUCUUUCUUCACAUCAUAAUGGUCGCUUUGUCAAACGACGCUCUUUCGAGACCCCCAUUGCAUGAGUCGUAGCAUCUUUGGACCAUAUCAGACUCAGAAUGAGUACUCCCCCGACGCCCUUUGGUGACUUAUUAUCCUUUCCCUCUGGACACCAAGUUGAUCACAAUCCCCACCGAUUCCUCCCACCGCCACAACGACCUUCGCAGCCUCCUCUUCUUCCUCCUCCGAGACUGUUCCGCAACUUUUUCGGUGGCAUGCCAGACUCUGAACCUCGAAGACAGGCAAUCUUACCUAGAGCGGACUAUCAGGACACAGUACAUGACGUGAGUCGAGCACUGCAGAGUGCGAACCGGGCCUUGCAAAGAGCGCAGGACGCAUUCGAACAAUCACGCCGGCCAGGACCAGGUGAACCCGAGAGAUCGGCAGGCGAUUUCACCGAAGGCAAUUCACAAAGCAAUUCACCCGAAUCUCAUUUCAUUUCUCAAACCACACAUCCUCACGAUCUCAAUUCGACCCAAAGACCAAGAGGGCUCAACACACUUGAUCAACCAGUCUACGGCCACCCAAUCUCGAGCCUCCCGGACGCAAACGAAACGUUACCCGUCCUAACAAUCUUCCCGGCCUCCAUGCCUCCAUUUCCUCGCCUGCCUCACCUACGCACCGAUCAUAACCGUCUACAGGCGAUCGUCGAUCGGGAAGCCAUAAAUCGUCAACGAGAAAAUCACUCGCACUGGGAGCGGACACAAGCCAGAAACAGAGAACGUGCCCAGAAUCAACCACGACAAUCUCCGUCCGAAAUGUCUCCUCCCUCUUCCUCCUCGUCUUCCUCCGCGAGAAGAAACAGACGACAGGCUCCGUCCCCAUCCACAGAUCCGACGAUAGAAUCGGUAGACCUCACCGAAAUAGACGACAGCGCCGCACUCUCAGCGACCUUGGCCAAACAGCGGCAGGAAGCGAUACUGUCGCAAAAUCCAGGAACAGAGGCAGGCCGGACACCGCUGACGGCGUACAAGUGUCCCGUGUGCAUGGAGACCCCCACGGAUCCUACUGCGACCAUCUGCGGGCACGUCUUUUGCCACCGCUGCAUAAUAGACACUCUGACCUGGUCAAUCCAGCAGAGACGGGAAGACAUUCCGCCGAGCCGGAGGGUCAAGGGGGUGUGUCCGGUAUGUCGUAAACCGCUGGACAUCAAGGACCUCCCGGGCCUGACGAGGACGCUGGUGCCACUCGAGUUGAAACUGUUGGUGAAGAAGAGGAAGAGGGAAGACAAGGGGAAACAGAAGUUGGUCAAGGCAGAAACCAUUAGUAGUGAUGAUGAUGAUGAAGGGGAGGAAAAGACCGCCGAGAAAGAGAAUAGGAGGUCGGGUAAGAAAAGACGUGCCCCCGCGGAAGAAGAAGAAGACGAGGAUGAGGCACUCAUGUGGGCUGAGUUUAUGGCAGCAGAUUGAGACUUGAGGACUUGAUUUUUGCCAUUUUCCGUCAUUGCAUCGGCAUUCAAAUUGGAGCGUCGUGCAUUUGCUGGUCGAGUUGAUGGAUGAACACAGGCCGGACACAGGUUGAUUGGAUUUUUUUUCUCAUGUUUUGCUUGAUUUUAUGAUACCCAGUAGAUAAUAGCAUUUCAUGACGGCAUGAGGUUGAGAAGCCAGGCGGCUUUGACAUAAUGUAUUUUUGUCCGAUACAGACAAUAACAAAUCGAACAUCA